AUGGCGCGACGAGAAGAUGGGACGCCGUGGUGGACAGAUUUCCCCGAGCCGAUAUCAACGGCAACCCAAGUUGAGCCUCAGGAGGUCUUCCAGCUGCUUCGGGACCACGAGCUCCCAGCUAACAAGCAGCGGGACUUUUUGCUGGUGGACGCGCGCCGCGCCGAUUGCACGGGAGGAACAGUGCGCGGGGCCAUGAAUUUGCCAGCUCACAGCUUCUACCCAACGCGCGGAACUUUGUACGACCUGUGCAAGCAGGCGGGGAUUCGAAGGGUUAUCUUCUAUUGUGGUUCUUCCCUUGGUCGAGGUCCCCGCUGUGCUGCUUGGUUGCAGGACUAUGUUGACGAGGUCGGCGGUGACUUGAAGUCGCAAGUGAUGGUCGGCGGCAUCCGGGGCUGGGUGAAAGCGUACGGCGGCAGCAUGAUGGAUGGCUAUGACGAGAAAAGGUGGCGGGCGGAGGAUAGGUAG